AGGAUGUCACAUAUCAACAUUUGUACAUGAAGUCAACAUGAAAUUUUCAGGCCACAUGGAUGAGUGCCAACUCUUGCAUAUCCUGUGACCUUUCUGUCUGGGGGACACCUGACCUUUUGAAGCUUCAUAAUUCACAUCUAGAUGUCACCGGUCUUCCCCAUGUUAACAGUUCUGACCAUGUUUUAUUAUCUAUGCCUGCGGCGCCGAGCCAGAACAGCUGCGAGAGGAGAAAUGAUGAACAGCCACAGAGCCAUAGAAUCAAACAGCCGGACUUCCCCUCUGAAUGCAGAGGUGGUCCAGUAUGCCAAAGAAGUGGUGGAUUUUAGUUCCCAUUAUGGAAGUGAGAAUAGCAUGUCCUACACCAUGUGGAAUUUGGCAGGUGUACCAAAUGUAUUCCCCAGUUCUGGUGACUUCACGCAGACAGCUGUGUUUCGAACUUAUGGAACAUGGUGGGAUCAGUGUCCUAGUGCUUCCUUGCCGUUCAAGAGGACGCCUCCUAAUUUUCAGAGCCAAGACUAUGUGGAACUUACUUUUGAACAACAGGUGUAUCCUACAGCUGUUCAUGUUCUGGAAACCUAUCAUCCUGGAGCAGUCAUUAGAAUUCUAGCUUGCUCUGCAAACCCCUAUUCCCCAAGUCCACCAGCUGAAGUAAGCAGAUGGGAGAUUCUUUGGUCAGAGAGACCUACGAAGGUGAAUGCUUCCCAGGCUCGCCAGUUUAAACCUUGUAUUAAGCAGAUAAAUUUUCCCACAAAUCUUAUACGGCUGGAAGUAAAUAGUUCUCUUCUGGAUUAUUACACUGAAUUAGAUGCAGUUGUAUUACAUGGUAUGAAGGACAAGCCAGUGCUUUCUCUCAAGACUUCACUUAUUGACAUGAACGAUUUAGAAGAAGAUGACUCUGAAGAACAGGAUGGUUGUGGAAUGGACAAUCUUAACAAAAAGCUUAGCAGCACUGCCCUCAGGGAAGGGCCAAAUAAUGGAUAUUUUGACAAACUACCUUAUGAGCUCAUUCAACUGAUUCUGAAUCAUCUGACACUACCAGACCUGUGCAGAUUAGCACAGACUUGCAAACUGCUGAACCAGCACUGCUACGAUCCUCUCCAGUACAUCCACCUCAAUCUGCAGCCAUACUGGGCAAAGCUAAAUGACACCUCUCUGGAGUUUCUGCAGGCUCGAUGCACUCUUGUCCAGUGGCUUAAUUUAUCUUGGACUGGCAAUAGGGGCUUCAUCUCUGUGGCAGGAUUUAGCAGGUUUCUGAAGGUUUGUGGAUCCGAAUUAGUGCGUCUUGAAUUAUCUUGCAGCCACUUCCUAAAUGAAACUUGCUUGGAGAUUAUUUCUGAGAUGUGUCCAAAUCUACAGGAAUUAAAUCUCUCAUCCUGUGAUAAACUACCACCUCAAGCUUUCAACCACAUUGCCAAAUUAUGUGGCCUGAAACGACUUGUUCUCUAUCGAACAAAAGUAGAGCAAACAGCACUGCUCAGCAUUUUAAACUUCUGCUCAGAGCUUCAGCACCUCAGUUUGGGGAGUUGUAUGAUGAUUGAAGACUAUGAUGUGAUCGCCAGCAUGAUAGGAGCCAAGUGUAAGAAGCUGCGUACCCUGGAUCUGUGGAGGUGUAAGAACAUCACUGAGAAUGGGAUAGCAGAGCUGGCGGCCGGGUGUCCGCUUCUGGAGGAACUGGACCUCGGCUGGUGCCCUACUCUGCAGAGCAGCACUGGCUGCUUCGCCAGGCUGGCACGCCAGCUCCCAAACUUGCAAAAACUCUUUCUUACAGCCAAUAGGUCUGUGUGUGACACAGACAUUGAGGAACUGGCAUGCAAUUGUACCAGGUUGCGGCAACUGGACAUACUAGGAACAAGAAUGGUAAGUCCAGCAUCCUUAAGAAAACUCCUGGAAUCAUGCAAAGAUCUCUCCUUACUUGAUGUGUCCUUCUGCUCUCAGAUAGAUAAUAGAGCCGUGCUAGAGUUCAAUGGGAGCUUUCCAAAAGUGUUCAUAAAAAAGAGCUUUACUCAGUGACUUUAUAUAUAUUCUAUAAUAAAAUUAAUGUGCUUUUUUGUAGGGUUGUAUUUUAGGAAUGGUUUUGUUUCUUGUUUUGUGUGGUUUUUAUAAUGGUGGGAAUGUCUUAACCCAUUAAAACAUUUGUAGAUUUUAAAGAAAAA